AUGACUGCAGAAGCGCAGCAGGCUCUGUCCUCUCAGCCCCCUCCUCCCGCUGUGCACAGCAGCUACGGCCCCAUGUCCUCCGUGGCCGAGAAGCAGCCGCAAAACUCGGCCAUGGACGCCGCCUCCGCCGCUCCCUCCGGGCCGGGCGGCAACAGCGCUCCGGGCAGCGGCGGAGCCCCGGGUAGCGGCGGCCCUAAAGCGAAGAAAACCAACGCGGGGAUCCGGCGGCCGGAGAAACCGCCCUAUUCCUACAUCGCUCUCAUCGUCAUGGCCAUCCAGAGCUCGCCCUCCAAACGGCUGACCCUCAGCGAGAUCUAUCAGUUCUUACAGAGCCGCUUCCCUUUCUUCCGCGGUUCUUACCAGGGCUGGAAAAACUCCGUUCGCCACAACCUCUCGCUCAACGAAUGCUUCAUUAAGCUGCCCAAGGGGUUGGGCCGCCCGGGUAAGGGCCACUACUGGACCAUCGACCCGGCCAGCGAGUUCAUGUUUGAGGAGGGCUCGUUCCGCCGCCGGCCCCGCGGCUUCAGGAGGAAAUGCCAAGCGCUGAAGCCCAUGUACAGCAUGAUGAACGGGCUCAGCUUCAACCACCUCCCCGACAGCUACAGCUUCCAGGGCUCGGCCGGAGGGCUCUCAUGCCCUCCCAACAGCCUUUCCCUCGAAGGGGGUUUGGGCAUGAUGAACGGCCACUUAGCCGGCAACGUGGACGGGAUGGGCCUUGCGGGACACUCCGUGCCCCACCUGCCCUCCAACGGCGGGCACUCCUAUAUGGGCAGCUGCAGCGGCUCCUCGGCGGGGGAUUACCCUCACCACGAGAGCUCCGUGCCCGCCUCCCCGCUGCUGCCCGGCGGAGGGGUGAUGGAACCGCACUCGGUUUAUUCCAGCUCGGCCUCUGCGUGGGCUCCCUCCGCUUCGGCCGCCUUAAACACGGGAGCUUCCUACAUCAAGCAGCAGCCGCUGUCGCCUUGCAACCCCGCGGCCAACCCGCUGUCCUCCAGCCUUUCUACACAUUCCCUCGAUCAGCCCUACUUGCAUCAGAACAGCCACAACACCGCCGAGCUUCAAGGUAUCCCGCGGUAUCACUCCCAGUCUCCGAGCAUGUGCGACAGAAAGGAAUUCGUCUUCUCUUUCAACGCUAUGGCCUCCUCCUCCAUGCAUUCAGCGGGCAGCGGCUCCUAUUACCACCAACAAGUGACAUACCAGGACAUCAAGCCGUGCGUUAUGUGAGACGGGGCGGAAAAGCCACCAUCACCUCCCGGAGGCCGCCGAGGUCUGACCCGGGGAACGACCCCCAUUCCCACCCAGGACCCUGUGGGAGGAGGAAAGAGGAGCGUGUGUGUGUUUGGGGGGGGGGUUCUGCAGACUUUGUCCCCGUGGAUGGGACCCCCGGGGAGCGGACAGCUGAGUGCGGCGAGGCCGAAUGCGGGCGGCCCCGGGGCUGAGCGCGCCCCGCAGCUGAGCAUCGGCCGGGCCGGCCUCCACCACGUGUCUUUAAUCAAAGACGCUCUCUGCCUUCUUCUGCUUCUUCUGUUGGGUCGGGGUAGGCUGGAAGAGAGAGGGGAAGAAGGGGGAGGAAAACAAAAAAACAAGCAGCCCCCCGAAAACCCUCCGCUGCCCCUUUAUCUUGAAAUCUCCGACUGCGAGUUUGGGUUGAAAGGUUUUGCUACGUGAGGUUUUUCGGGUUCUACCCUUGAAAAGAGAAAAGAAAUCGCAAGCGAAGCGUUCUGAAUCAAUUCUCUAAGUGAGAGCGAUGCCGCAGCCCCAUCCACCGGGGGCAGAGCCGGAGGGGAUGCUGUGAGCACCCCGAGCACAACAGAGCAGCGCUGCUCCGGCCCUUCGCUCCCAUCGAGCCCUUACUCCUGAAAAUAAUCUUUUUUUAAUUUUUUUUUUUUUUUUUUUUUU